GUAUCAAUCUCUCAAGCAGCGAUCAUCUGUGCAUUUCUCGGAGAGCCGAAACAAGUUAUUGGAAUUAAUUGACACGAGGUCUUCGACGGCAACAUGUGGCGCGUUCAUCUGUUCCUUUUGCUAUCCACCUGCUUCUUCAUACCGUACGACGCAAAGCCGGCCACAGGCAGCUUAACGUCGGCUUCAGCAUUGUCAGAGGCGCGACGCAGCAGCCAUAUUGGCCGAUUGGCUGCCAAGGAUUUGGCCGAUCUGCUUCUGGCCAGCAUGCAGGCGCGUGGCAUCAAGCUGACCGAAUCCCAGCACUCGACGAUAAAGUCCCUGCGAGACAUGGAGACGAGCGAAAGGCAGGGCGGCGCCGUGCUGCUACAGGUGGGCAUGGAUGUCAUCAUUGAUGUGCUAAUUGGUAGCAAUGCUGAUGCCAGCUGCGAACGCGUCAUCAAGGAUAUCAAGAAGUCGUCUGAUAAAAAUAGCCUGACACUUGGUCUCAAAUCCUUCCUGGCCCUAUGCGCCUUCAACAAUAUCGACUGCUCGCAGAAGCAAGUGGUGCAGAUCAUCAAGAGCACGACGUCAGCUAAACAGAGUGAGACAGCUAUAGAGGGCACUCGAAUCACGCGCACGGCCCUCGAGCAGGCUGGCAAAUCUGCCAACAUAAAAGGCGAUCGCGAUUCCAUCGUUAGUUUCCUUCAGGCAAGGAGCGUACCGGAGCUGAGCGCUAUUUUGAACACGCUUCUGCAGGUGUGCGGCGCAUCCAGUGUCGAGGCUCAGAACAUUGUGCAGAAUCUAAUUGAAAUGGGCCCUAAAGAUGGCACUGGCGUCAACGUGUUGCAGAUCAAUGGCUUUAGCACGCUGAUUGUUUCCCUUAUGGAUAGCCUAACGUCUAUUGCUAAUGGCAACAAGAGCGGCUUCUGUGCGGCUACACCUGAGAGCUGGAUUGUUCGUCUACUGGAUAUGGGCGUGGCAAAGGUUAUUAUUAUGGGUUUAAUGACGGCCUUGGAUCGCUCGCUGCCUACCUCACCCAACGCCCUGAUACAGCAAGGUAAUGCAGUCGCCAAUUUGGUGGAUGCUGACGUUAGCAAGAGCUCUCCCACUUCCAAACGUGCCAGUGGUUCUCUUCCCGUUAUUGGCAACCUAUUGGGAAAUGGCAUUGCAUCUGGACCCACAAAUGUCGCCAACCGAGGUGGCAAUACCAUAACAACGGGUCCUAAGAAUGUGAUAUCCGGUAGCGACAACACUAUUCUUUCUGCGGUUGAUGCGAACGUUCUUGCGGGAGUUGGUGUUAAUGCUCUCAACAGUAUUACAGGCGUGGUUGGAGGCUCCAAUGGUAGUGGUGGAUCUAGUACCAGUUCCAAUAGUGGUUCCGGCGCCGGCAUGGCACGAUCUCAAAAUAUUGCUAACCAGCUAGGCAAUAAUAUAGCUCUGGGUCCCAAAAAUGUUGUGAGCGGUAGCGGAAAUACUAUCGCAAGCUUAGUUGAUGCUCAGGUUCCUGUGGGAGCUGAUGUAAAUGUUCUUAGCAAUGCCCUAGGCACUGUAACUGGAGGUUCUGGUAGUUCUGGUGGUUCUGGUGGUGUUGCAGGUGGUCUUUUGGGUGGUGGUUCCGGUUCCUCUCGCUCUCAAAGUACUGCUAACCGGUUUGGCAAUGAAAUCUCUACGGGUCCCAGAAAUAUCGUGAACGGUAGCGGAAAUACUAUCGCAAGCUUAGUUGAUGCUCAGGUUCCUGUGGGAGCCGAUGUGAAUGUUCUUAGCAAUGCCCUAGGCACUGUAACUGGAGGUUCUGGUAGUUCUGGUGGUUCUGGUGGUGUUGCAGGUGGUCUUUUGGGUGGUGGUUCCGGUUCCUCUCGCUCUCAAAGUACUGCUAACCGGUUCGGCAAUGAAAUCUCUACGGGUCCCAGAAAUAUCGUGAACGGUAGCGGAAAUACUAUCGCAAGCUUAGUUGAUGCUCAGGUUCCUGUGGGAGCCGAUGUGAAUGUUCUCAGCGGAGCUCUAGGCACCGUAACUGGAGGUUCUGGGGGUUCUGGUGGUUCUGGUGGUGGUCUUUUGGGUGGUGCUACCGGUGGUCUUUUGGGUGGUGGUUCCGGUUCCUCUCGCUCUCAAAAUAAUGCUAACCGGUUCGGCAAUGAAAUCUCUACUGGUCCCAGAAAUAUCGUGGACGGUAGCGGAAAUACUAUCGCAAGCUUAGUUGGUGCUCAGAUUCCUGUGGGAGCCGAUGUGAAUGUUCUCAGCGGAGCUCUAGGCACCGUAACUGGAGGUUCUGGUGAUUCUGGUAGUUCUGGUGGUGCUACCGGUGGUCUUUUGGGUGGUGGUUCCGGUUCCUCUCGCUCUCAAAGUACUGCUAACCGGUUCGGCAAUGAAAUCUCUACGGGUCCCAGAAAUAUCGUGAACGGUAGCGGAAAUACUAUCGCAAGCUUAGUUGAUGCUCAGGUUCCUGUGGGAGCCGAUGUGAAUAUUCUCAGCGGAGCUCUAGGGACUGUAACUGGAGGUUCUGGCAGUUCUGGUGGUUCUGGUGGUGUUGCCGGUGGUCUUUUGGGUGGUGCUACCGGUGGUCUUUUGGGUGGUGGUUCCGGUUCCUCUCGAUCUCAAAAUACUGCUAACCGGUCCGGCAAUGAAAUCUCUACGGGUCCCAGAAAUAUCGUGAACGGUAGCGGAAAUACUAUCGCAAGCUUAGUUGAUGCUCAGGUUCCUGUGGGAGCCGAUGUGAAUGUUCUUAGCAAUGCCCUAGGCACUGUAACUGGAGGUUCUGGUAGUUCUGGUGGUUCUGGUGGUGUUGCAGGUGGUCUUUUGGGUGGUGGUUCCGGUUCCUCUCGCUCUCAAAGUACUGCUAACCGGUUCGGCAAUGAAAUCUCUACGGGUCCCAGAAAUAUCGUGAACGGUAGCGGAAAUACUAUCGCAAGCUUAGUUGAUGCUCAGGUUCCUGUGGGAGCCGAUGUGAAUGUUCUUAGCAAUGCCCUAGGCACUGUAACUGGAGGUUCUGGUAGUUCUGGUGGUUCUGGUGGUGUUGCAGGUGGUCUUUUGGGUGGUGCUACCGGUGGUCUUUUGGGUGGUGGUUCCGGUUCCUCUCGCUCUCAAAAUAUCGCCAACAAAGGUGGUAAUACCAUAACAAGAUAUAUACGACUACAUUAUUGUCUUGUAGCGGGUCCUAAGAAUGCAAUCAAUGGAAGUAACAAUUCCAUUUUGAAGGCAGUUGAUCUCGAUCUUCCUGUGGGACUCGGUGUGAAUCUGUUACAAAGCACAGUGGGCAUGGUUUCUGGUAGUUCCAGUGGUUCUGGUGGUGUCUUGGGUGGUGCUACUGGUGGUCUUCUGGGUGGCCUUACUGGAGCUGGCUCUGGCUCCUCUCAAGGCCAAAACAUUGCCAACAUGGGUGGCAAUCAGAUAAGCACGGGUCAGAAAAAUAUUGUCUCGGGUAACGGCAAUAGCAUUCUCAGCCUAGUUGAUGCAACGGUUCCUGUGGGUCUCGCCAUAAACGCGCUCAGCAGUGCUGUGGGAAGUGUUAGUGGAGGUGGUGCUGCCCGUAAUGAUGUCGUUCAGGUGGUUGAUCAGCAAGGCAACCGCCUCAUGGACAUUUGGGAUAAGGACGGUGUGACUGCUGGCAGCGGAGGUAUUGGCAAUGAUUUAUCCAAUACCGUUAACAGAGGUCCUAAGCAAAUUGUUAUGGGCGACGACAACAAUAUUGUCAAGCUGGUGAAUUUGGAUGCGUCCGUGCUGGCCAGGCUUGAUCUGGCCAACUCCAUCCGGGGCAGUAGCGGCGCCUGCAAUGGCAUCGGCAACGAGCUGAACUCUGGACCGGAGAACAUUAUUGAGGGCAAUCGUAAUACGCUUGUGACAUUGGUGGAUCUCAAUUUGGAUGUGUUGGCCAAUUUGAAUCUCUUGAAUAACAUUAUUGGCACUGUGGGCAAUGACUGUCAGGUGACGACGCCCUCACCACCGACACCCUCACCACCGACGCCCUCGCCACCGACGCCCUCUCCACCGACUCCUUCGCCCCCAACUCCAUCCCCACCCACACCACAACCUCCUACCCCCUCACCACCCACGCCAAGUCCACCUACCCCCAGCCCGAAUAACUGUUACCGUCGCUACUGUCGCAAGUGGCGCACUCGCCCCAGUUACUUGUGCUACAAAAACUGCGGCGGCUCAUACGUCUACAGACCCUAAUGUGGACUUCGCUCAGGAGUUACGUGAACUGUUUCUGAAAAUGGGACCAACUUCUGUCGCCCAUUCACCUGUUAUUUAAUAUUGCAAUGGUUGCACCUAUUUAUUUAUUUUUUUUCUACUUUCUAAGUGAACUU